CAAAAAAAAACCCCCAAAUCCGGAUGGCAAAUACUACCAUCAACUGUUGAUCUUCUUCAUCUCUCUGCCGCUGAUUCCUUCCGAGUCAUACUGGUCCAUAUCCUGCCACGCCAGACAGACUCUUCUUCAAUGGCCGAAUCCCAAAACGGAGCUCCGACUCAAUCCCGUCCCUCAACCCCAUCGGACCACUGGUGCUAUCACUGCGACAAACGGGUAUCCAUUGAAACCCUCCCGGAUCUUCCCGAUGUCGUCUGCCGCGAGUGCAAAAACGGUUUCGUCGAGUCCAUCUCCACCGUCGAGUCCAUCUCCGUCGUCAGAGCCCCUCCGGCCUCCGAAUCCGAUCAGAUCGGCGAUUUCCCUCAUUUCAGCGACCAGUUCUACCAAGUCCUGCGCCUCAUCGCUCAGGCCGCGCGUGAGGACGACGCCCCUCCUCCGCCCCCCGCCGAACACGCGGAUCCAUCCGGCGAUGAUUAUCUCCGAGUGGAAAUCGCCAGGUCGGAGAACGACGACGAGGACGAGGAGAACGAGGCGGAUCAGGAAGAAGAAGACCCAGAGGACGAGAAUCGGAACGAAUCUGAUGAAGACGAGGAAGAGGAAUACCGUUUUGGGCCGCGCGACGUGAUCCGUUUCAGGCUUCGCGAACUAGCUGCUAGUUCCGCUAACAGCCGCAACAGGACUCUCGAUUGGGCGGAAAUUCUCAUAGGGAUGGAAGAGAACUCAAUGGAAGUGGAUGGCUACUAUGGGAGCCCUGGAGAUUACAUGGACGCAGCAGGCUACGAAGCCUUGCUGCAGAACCUGGCAGACAUGGAUAAUGGAGGAAGACGAGGAGCCCCACCAGCUUCAAGAGCGGCAAUAGAGGCUUUGCCCACAGUCACCAUCAAAAGCAGCCUGCAGGAACUAGAAUGUUCUAUAUGUAAAGAUUCUGUAAACAUCGCAAUGGAACUGCCUUGCGGGCAUAGAUACCAUGGGGAUUGCAUUGUGCCAUGGUUGGGCUUGAGGAAUUCGUGCCCAAUUUGCAGGUUUGAGCUGCCUACGGAUGAUCCGGAGUACGAGGAGGAAAGGAAGAAGAAAGCUCGCAACUUUUCAUCAUCGAGCUCAUCCACUUCUGCUGCUGCAGGAGCAGGAAGCAGUGAUUGAUGAUGUCUUGUGUGGUAAAUCUGAUGCAUUCCCAUCCAUUCAUAACCAUUCAAACUACCAUUUCUUGGUCUUCUUUGCGUGUGGGAAUCGCUGGAUGGAGAGGCGUAAUGUAAUACUUGAGAAUGUAAAUACUUCAUAUGUUCUUUCUUUGAACCUGUGGUUUAAACUUUAAAACCCCUUUGAAUGUUUGUGUAAUUCUUAUGUGCUGUGAUUGAUUCUUACUAUAAUAAAGCAUGUUUCUGUGAUUGUAAUUCAUCUUUCUCUCUUGCAUUUCUCUUAAUCUGUAGUUGCAGAAUCAAGUUUGAGAAAACUU